AAGAAAGAAAAGAUAGUGAAAUAGUGCAGCAACCAGCAGAGUUUUCAGAGCAGAGUUUUCUAACCUGUCACUCUUUCUCUCUCUAACUUUCUACCCCUCUCUUUCCUUUUUCUCUCUUUCCAGCUCUUUCCAAGGUUUCUUUUUUCAUUUACUUUUUUUUUCAACUUUAUUUUAUCUUCUCUCUCUUACUUUCUCUCUCUUUCAUUGAUUCAUCAAUCUAUUGUUGUUGGUAUUUUUAUUUUACCAUGUAAUUUUGAGCUCAUAGUUGGAAAAAAAUAAAAAUAAGAAAAGAAUCAGAACAUUCUUUGGUGGUUGUUUCAGCAUCUACAUUUGUAAUAAUUUUACUGGUUGAGACAGUGGAAUCUUGCUUUUUGAUUGACGGAUUGGAAGCUGAAGUGGGUUAACGAAGAGGUUGAGCUUUGGAUGAAUGGGUUGGAAGAUACAUAUCAUGGAUUGCCCAGGUGUAAAGAUCUGGGCUAAAGUUUGCUUUGCUCUUGUGUUCAUAUUUCUUCUAAAUUUUGCCAAUGGAGCGACAAAUCCCGUCGAUGUUGCUGCAAUUAACAGCUUAUAUGCUGCUUUGGGUUCUCCAAUACUCCCUGGAUGGGUUGCAAGCGCAGGAGAUCCAUGUGGUGAAGCUUGGCAAGGUGUCCAAUGCGAUGCAUUGAACAUAAUUUCAAUAAGUCUUGUUGGUGCCAACUUGGGUGGUGAAUUGGGAGAUAGCCUAGAAUCAUUCUCAUCCCUCAAAUCACUGGAUCUGAGCAACAACCAUAUUAGUGGAAGUGUUCCAGCAAGUUUUCCAGUUUCCUUGGUGACAUGUUUGCUUUCAGAUAAUAAUUUGACUGGAAGCAUCCCGAGCACUAUAUCCACUCUAAUCAAUCUUAGUACGUUGAAAUUAAAUGACAACCAUCUUACUGGAGAACUGCCAGAUGCUUUUCAGUCUCUUUCAGCUUUGUCCAGCAUAGAUUUGGCUCACAAUCAACUGAGUGAAGAACUGCCUCCUUCAAUGGAGAAUUUGUCUUCUCUAGUCAGCCUACACUUGCAGGACAAUCAGCUCUCUGGGACACUUGAUGUUGUUCAGGAUCUCCCCCUGCAAGAUUUGAAUGUAGCCAACAACCUAUUCUCCGGACCUAUACCUGAGAAGUUGCUCCAUAUUCCUAGCUUCAAGAGAGAUGGGAAUGCUUUUGACACCUCUGCUGCCCCAGUGUCUUCACCACCAGCUCCCUCAAUGCCGCCUUCACCUUUUUUUCAAGGGGCACCAACUCAGUCACCACCCCGUUCCGGCACAACUUCUCCUAGAUCUGGCACAACUUCUCCCCGUUCAGGUACAACUUCUCCCAGCACGACAUCUCCGAGUUCUAACACAACUUCUGGUUCUGGACAAAGGGCUGGAAAUCGUGCAGCUUCACCACCUGCACAGCAGGAGGCAAAUGCUCAAAAGAAAUCACAGUCCUCAAAAACAAAAAGAAUAGUUGGGAUAUCAAUUGCUUCCGUGAUCGGUUUUAUAAUCUUGGUUCUGGCACUUUUGCUAUGCUUACCAUGGUGUUUUAGCAGAAGUAAAGACUACUAUCGAACUACUAAGAGACAUGAAAUCCAACCAUAUAUGGGUGCAAGAGAGAAUCCUCUCAAUAAUGGGUCAUCCCGUUAUCCUAAUAAUCAGUCUGAAAAAGCUCAAAAAGAUGUUGUUGUGGAGAUUAAAGAUGAGCCGCGAGCAGAAGUUAGGAGGAUUGCAGCAAUCGCAAAACAGAAAAGUGAAGAAGAGCUUUAUUCUCAAAGAUCAACUACUCCAUUAAGAAAGCUUGACAGUGAUAUGAGCUUUAGUGACAUUGAUUUUAUGAUGCCUCCCCCGCCGCCUCCACCACCGCCGCCACCACCGCCGCCACCUCCUCCUUUUUCUGCUGAGAAAGUGAUUGUGAAGCCCAUUUCGUCCACAGAAUCAGUUGCUGCAAAGCCUUUCGCAAGACCUCUUCCUUUGACGUCAGUGAAGUCUUUCACGAUUGCUUCGCUUCAGCAGUAUACUAACAGCUUUUCUCAAGAUAAUCUUCUAGGAAGUGGCAUGCUUGGAACUGUAUAUCGAGCAGAGCUUCCGAAUGGAAAGUUACUGGCUGUCAAGAAACUUGACAAGGGUGUUGCCAGCCGCCUAAAAGACUACGAAUUUAUUGAGCUUGUGAAUAACAUUGAUGGAAUUCGGCAUGUCAAUGUUGUGGAGCUGGUGGGCUAUUGCUCGGAGCAUAGUCAGCGGCUCUUGAUUUAUGAGUAUUGUAGUAAUGGGAGUCUGCAGGAUGCACUGCACUCAGAUGAUGAAUACAGGAAGAAGCUUUCUUGGAAUAUGCGCAUGUGGAUGGCACUUGGAGCCGCAAGAGCUUUGGAAUAUCUGCAUGAGGUCUGUGAACCACCUGUUGUACAUAGAAACUUCAAAUCUGCGAACAUUCUUCUUGAUGAUGAACUAAAUGUGCGAGCCUCUGAUUGUGGCUUGGCAUCUUUGAUAGCUUCCGGUUCUGUUAGUCAGCUGUCAGGACACCUGUUAUCAGCCUAUGGUUAUGGUGCUCCAGAAUUUGAGUCGGGAAUCUACAAUUCUCAAAGUGAUGUUUACAGCUUUGGAGUGGUAAUGUUAGAACUUUUGACGGGUCGUAUGUCUUAUGACAGGACACGGACCCGAGGGGAACAAUUCUUAGUGAGGUGGGCAGUUCCUCAGCUACAUGAUAUUGAUGCUUUACAGAGGAUGGUUGAUCCUUCUCUCAAUGGGAAAUAUCCAACUAAAUCCUUGUCACACUUUGCUGACAUUGUAUCACGAUGUGUUCAGAGUGAACCAGAGUUUAGGCCACUGAUGUCUGAAGUCGUUCAAGAUCUCCAGCGCGUGUUGCAAAAAGGUUCACCCAACAAGAGUAAAAAUGGGGACUAGGUCUACACAUGGAUGAUAUCAGAAAACUUAGAUUACGAUGAUGAUUGUGCAAGAUUUUGAAGCCUAGGAAGACAUGCUGAUUCUUGGAAAUGCUUUACUGCAGAAAUUCAAAGUUAACUGCUAAAUUAUAAGUACGGAAAGUUGCCACUGAAAAUGCCAGUGUACAUUCCCCAUUGAAUGGUCCAUGGUCUUCUAAAGUGCCUUUACCAUAGUUUUAUUCCAAUGCAGUCUGACUUCUCAACCCCUGCUGCUAUGGUAUAGCUUUUUCGAAUCAGGUUUUUGCAUAAUUUGGUGAUCAGCAAAUUGGCGAUUGGAGAUCUUUUAUGCAGCUCAAUUCAGUGACAUCAUGGUUUCAGAAAUGACUAGCUUAUAAUUGUGUUAUUCCCAAAUUCUUGGGGAAAUUUGAAUGGUAUUAUAAUUUGUCCAUAAUGUAUUUUUGGUUGCUCUAGUCCUGUACCAUAGUUAAUUUUUAUCCUUCGGACUGCGUUUUAUUCAUUUAACAUUCUUUGAGUUUUAAGUGGCGUUUCUUGUCAGAAUAAGCUGGUGUAUCAUCAAUUGUUAACCAUCAUUUAUAAUAUUUUUGUUUCUACCAUCAA